CCUCCUUUUGCCACAAUGUGAAUUCUAAGCCACUCUCACAAUUCGUAACUUAUUUAUUAUUUAAAAAAAUAUAUAUUACAAUGUUAACUAAAUGUGUAGUUCUAGUGUUAGUGCUUAGUUUUAGUGACGGACAAGUUUUGGGUGGAAAUAGGUUGAGAUUUCCCAUGAGAGCAGCCCUUAAUUUCAGGCAAAGGCUGCAGAACAAAAUCCAGGAGUACAGGGAGAGGAACACACAAACUAUUUGUUACGAAAAGGUUGGUUGUUUUGAGCUACCACACAGAAGAUCGCCGUUGCAAAAGAUUCCGGAAAGUCCACGAGUUUUGAAUACGAAAUUCUAUUUAUUCAAACGGGACAUCAAUUUCGCAACCCCAGAAGUAAUUUACUACGAUGAUGAGGGACAAUCACUAAAUCAAUCCAAAUUUGAUCCAAAGCUUGGUCUCAAGCUUUUCGUACAUGGAUAUAUGAGUAAUUGGAAUGAAAGGGGUCCAAUUGUUGGAGCUAAUGCAUUUCUAAAACUCUAUGAUUGUAAUAUGAUUCUGAUGGACUGGAGCAAAGGUGCAAGAGGUCCUCAGUAUGCAACAGCUGCAGCAAACACUGAAGUCGCAGGUCGACAAUUGGGAAUUCUUCUACUGCAAAUGAUUGAUAGAGGUCUAGAUCCGGACAAAAUCCAUUUGUUAGGAUUUUCCUUAGGUGCCCACGUUGCGGGGACUGCUUCAGAAAUGCUUAAACAGAAGGGACAUCUAAUUGGCAGAAUUACAGGAUUAGACGCAGCUAGUCCAUUGUUCAGAAGCAAUCAUUUCAGGGAGAAAUAUAAGAAAUUGGACAGAUCUGACGCCAGAUUUGUGGAUGUAGUGCACACAGAUUCAAGCCCAUCUGUAACUGACGGAUUUGGAUUAUGGGAACCAAUAGGACAUGUCGAUUUCUUCCCUAAUGGUGGACAGGAACAACCUGGCUGUACAGAUACCAAAGGAUCAGUUGUUGUAUCAUCUUUUGAAAAAAGUUUGACAAGAGAAAUAGCCUGUAGUCAUAUCAGAGCUUGGCAGCUGUACCAGGAAACCUUACAGAGCAAAGUGAAGAACGAAACUGACCACUGUAAGUUUAUUGCCUUCAGCUGCCCUGGAGGUCUCCCAUCUUUCGAAAGAGGACACUGUUUCCCACAAUUAGAAAAGCAAGGUAGUUCGUUGUACUUGGAUCAUUCGUACAGAAAUGAAAUCGGAGUGUUUGGAGAGGAUGCCAAAGGAGAGGGAGUUAUGUACUUCAGCACUAGCAGUAAUAAUCCUUUUUGUGGCACUCAGUUACAGGCGUCCGUAUUACUAUCCCAAAGUAUUGGGCGAACUAACGGUGUGCUACAAAUUAAAUUGUUGUAUAACCAAACUAGUGUAACCUUUAAUAUUAAUUGCGAAGUUUCGGAUAUAAUAAUGACUGGAUCGAGAAUGAAUGGACUUGCGGUUGCACCGUACAAGAGCUUAAGUCCUGAGAUGAAAUCUAUUUCAGCCACUGUUACGUAUUACGACAGCGACUAUGAAAACCACAAUAAUACUAUUUCAAAACCUCUUUAUAUAGACCGAAUUAUCAUUAGGGAUAUGUUUGAUAAUAGCUGGCAAUACUGUGGAAAAAAUACACUAAUUAAUGACAACACACACCAAAACUUAACACUGUCUAGAAGCAUCUGUUAGUUUUAGUAAAACAAUUUUGUGAUAUUUUAUUAAUAAAUUAUGUUACUUA